AUGGCUGAAACAAGUAUCACAAUAGAUGAUGUGGUUUUUGUUACUGAUUGUGGAAAAGCCAAAGAAACAUCAUAUGAUGCUUUGAAUAAUAACCCUUGUCUCCUUCCUGCUUGGAUAUCAAAAGUUUUUGCUAAACAAAGGCGAGGUCGAGUAGGGCGUGUUCAGCUAGGAGAAUGUUACCAUUUAUACCCUCAAUCUCUACAAUCACCAGAGUUAUUAGCAGUUCAAAGUGCAAUUAAGUAUCUCAAGAGGCGUAUAAAGCGCAAUUUUUCGCGAGAUCAUAGUGACCAUUUUGCCCUUGUGAGGGUGUAUGAGGGUUGGAAAGUGGCUGAAUAUGCACUUGGUGGAUAUGAAUAUUUUAUCUGCUAUGACUUGUAUCCCGGAAAUUCCUCCAUCGUCCUAUUGAAUCCCAAAUUGGAUUUACACACCCACCACGAGCUUUUAUCGGCGUGCGCUUACUCCUCCCUGAAGAUCAAUCCACCACCACCACAAACCCAACCGCCACAACUGCCGCCAGUGUCCAGGGUGGAAAGUGGUCCAGGUGGUGACAAUUCGUAA